AUGAACCGUGUGCUAGAAAUCGAAGCGAUGCUUCAUCGAUUGAUAUCGAUCGAUGAGACACAUUUAAUGGUGAAUAGUGAUUGGAAUGAAGUUGCGGAUGAUAUCGUACGAAAGCUGAACAUGGUUCGUGCGCAGUGCUAUCGCCCGUUAUCACCGCGUUCCUCCGAGUGCUCACCUCGCCCCUCCACAUCGCCACGCCUACUCGAUUUGACGCCACCAGCGAGCACGUUGAGCUCAGCUGCGAGCGAAAUUUCUGAAUCGCCCUCAACAUGUGCUGAUUUGUCUUAUCAAAGCGCUGCCCAUGCAUUCAACAGAGAGAUUUUUUCCCGAUGUGUUCAAAUAGUGGAAGCAGCCGAUAAGCAAGGACAUAUUGAAAUGCAAAUGAUCUCACUCGCACAUCACUCCUAUGUUGCCAUGGUACACGAAGCAGAUAAGACCGAAGAUGCAGUGAAGUUAGCAACUUGGUGGAAUAAAUUUCUUGAAGGUGUCGAACGAGGUCGCCCUAACACGGAAGUGUUGGAGAUUCUGGAAAUGCGUUGCACUGCACUGGAAAGUCUUCGUAAUCUUGAUCACGCUAAUCGAUAUUCUAUAGCCGAGAAACUGCUGGAGACGUUAGUCAGGAGCUACAAGAUUUCUUGUAUAGUAAAUCGUCGAUUCCACAUUCGUACCCUUCGUCGUCUGGAGAAAAUCGCCGAUUGGCUCGAUGAUGUCGAGCAUGGAGAUGAUCGUGACGUCACGGAUGUUGAGAAACUUCUAAGCGAAGGAAUUGAUGAGGCGCAUAUCGAUCGACAUCGUUAUGAAGUGGAAACGGAAGUAACGCUGAAAGAACGACGAGAUCCGAAUUAUUCUAUGUGCUGCGAAAUAUUGCGAGCCCUUUCGUCCCGAACAACGACUGAUGACAUGGAGACCCCGUGUGAAGUUACGUCGAAUAAACCGAUCACGUCGUCAUCGUCGUCAAAAAAAGAGAACUGGUCGCUCUCUUCAGAUUCCGAUGAAGAGGAAGUAGCCGCCCCGUCACCAUCCGAUGAUAUUGUGAUCCGAUUUUAA